AAAAACCAAAUACAAAAACCCCCAAAAGCUGAGAAGGAAGAAAUCAGCAACCUAGGGCAAAUUCAAUUUUACAGAUCUGAAAAAACACAAAACCUAGAAGAUUUUCCGGCUGUGCUAACAGAGGUAGAAAAUGGAGUCAGUGUUCGGAAUGGUGGGUAAAGAUUUCGCCAUAGUAGCUGCCGAUACAUCGGCGGUUCACAGCAUCCUCGUACACAAGACCAACGAGGACAAGAUCAUGAUCCUCGAUUCUCACAAACUCAUGGGCGCCUCCGGCGAGACCGGCGACCGGGCUCAGUUUACAGAGUACGUACAGAAGAAUGUAUCCUUGUACCAAUUUCGUAACGGCAUCCCAUUGACUACUGCAGCUACUGCUAACUUCACCAGAGGCGAGCUUGCCACCGCCUUGAGGAAGAAUCCAUACAUGGUGAACAUCAUUCUUGCUGGAUACGACAAGGAAACAGGCCCUUCGAUGUACUUCAUCGAUUACAUUGCUUCUCUUCACAAGCUCGAUAAAGCAGCGUUUGGCUAUGGAGCCUACUUUGCCCUAGCCAUGAUGGAUAGGCACUACCGUAGGGAUAUGACUGUCGAAGAAGCCAUUGAGUUGGUCGAUAAAUGCAUCGUCGAAAUACGGAGUAGGUUGGUAGUGGCCCCUCCGAAUUUCCUAAUCAAAAUUGUUGACAAGGAUGGGGCGAGGGAGUAUGCUUGGCGUCAGUCUAUCAAAGAUGCCCCCGUUUCUGCAGCCUGAUUUUCUCGUUUUCUUUUUCUUCGUUAUUAUGAAACCUUAAAACAUUGCUGCUCGGAAAAAUUGCUUUGUUUUUAAUUUGUAAUAUGUCGGAAUUCUUGUCGCUUGAGAUGAAAUUUAUGUGCACUUAGUAUUGACAAUCGAGGUGAUAUUUCUUCUUGCAUUAUUAGAGCAGCUUUAUUCAUA